AUGACGAAAAAGUACUCUUCCUACUCCCAAACUGAGCCUACCCAUCUGGAGCACCUGUCUCCGGUCACCUCCAGGAGAAACUCCGUGGAGGAACCUCCACUUAGAAAAUUCGACGACAUUGUAGCCUUCGAGCAGUAUCUCAAGGACGAGACCUGGGACAACGAGUUCGACUACUUCCACCUCAGGGUCAACUACCUGCCACCGUUUGUUCUCCACAGCAUCCACGACAACCCGGAGAAGAUCAAGCCCACCAUGAACUCGCGCUCGCGCAAGUUCGUUAGACACCUGGGCCACCACAUAAAGCGGCACCUGCUCUCGGAGAUCAACUAUUACACCGGUGUAAACUACAACUUCGAGAAGGCGGUUGUCGAGCACAGGCCGGACGGCAGCAUUCUGUUCCACCUGCACGACUACUCGGACCACGGCUACGGCGAGGAGACCGACAGGUACAACAGACACUGGAAGGUGGACCUGGACGUGAAGUGCAACCCGGAAAAUCCUUACGUGGAGGUGGACAUGAAAAGCCGCGCCGUCGUACUCGGCCAUCUCGUAGAAGUCCAUGCCCAUCUCCUCGGCCUCCUCGAUGCCCUUGAGCUUGCAGCCGGGGAUCUUGUCCACCACGAAGCAGAUCGCGUAGGUCGCCACGAAGCUCCACACGGUGAUGCUGAUCCAGCCAGCAAACUGGUAGCCCAUCUGCUUCCAGUGGUGGUGUAUCCACCCGCCCGGAAUCUCGGUCACCCCGUCCAGCCCCGCGACGUACGGCGACGCAAACACGCCCAGACACAUCGACCCCAGAAUGCCGCCGAUGCCGUGCACCACAAACGAGCGCGUGGUGUCGUCGAUGCCGAGCCACUCGUUCACGUUGUACAGCAGCCGGCAGCACGCGCCAACAAACGCAGACGUGACAAACGCCCAGUACGGCGUGUAGAAGCCGCAGCUCGGCGUGAUGUUGACGAGCCCCACCACGGCGCCCUCGCACGCGGCGGCCAGACUCCACUUGCGCUCAAACAGGAAGUCCACGAGCGUGAAGGCGAAGCUGGCGACCGACGCGGCGAUCUGCGUGUUGGCCAUGAUGUAGCCGGUUCUCGUGUUGACGGCGAGCAGCGUGCCCGAGUUGAAGCACAGCCAUGUGCACCAGAUGAUGGACACGCCGAUGAAGGUGGCCACCAUGUUCUGCGGCUUGUAGUCCUUGUUGGUGGACGGGUUUUUCCAGUACUUGCGCUUGCCGAUGAAGAAGGAGAACGCGAGCGACGACACGCCGGACGCGAUGUGGACGGGCCCGCCGCCGGCGAAGUCGAGCGCGCCCAGGUUGUACAGCCAGCCGUUGGUCGACCACGUGGAGUACGCGAACGGGCAGUAGCACACCGUGCACCACAGGAACCCGACCACGAGCGAGGGCACGAUCCGCGCGCGCUCGGCAAUGGCCCCGACAAAGAUCUGCACGGUGGCGAUCGGGAAGAACGCCGAGAAGGUGAAGUAGAUGAUCGAGGGGAUGGUGCCGCCCUCGAUGAACGGGCCGGCGCCGAGUUUGGCGAGCGCGCCGAGCGAGAAGUUGCCGCACACGUGCGACGAGGAGGCCGACACCGCGAGCGAGUAGCCAAACAGGAACCACUGGAUCGUGAUGGUGCUGGUCACCAUGUAGGAUUGGAACAGCAUCUGGAUGAUGUUUUUCUUCUUGAGCAGGCCGCCGUAGAAGAGGCCGAUGCCCGGCGUGAGAAUCAUGACUCCCACGGUGCAGAACAUCACGUAGCCCAUGUCUGCAGCCACGUAGGUGGACGUGUCUUCGGCGAGGGUGUCGAGCGAGUCGCGUUUGGCUGCCAUGAGCAGCUCGGCCGAGCCGAGCCCCGAGUUUGCGUAUCCUCCCAUUCUGGGUUUGCACCGGGAGCGAGACACAGGUUAUAUAUCGCAGGACCCUAG